AAAUGGACCGAGCAGACCUGCCGCCGCACGCACCCUGCCCCACUCGGUGCUCCUAACAGCUCCCCGCGCGCCUCUCAGCCUCGGCGAGAUCCACGCGGGGGUGCGGAAGCGGAGGGCACCCGAGAGCCAUGUAGACCCAGGCUCUUGCUCGCUCGCUUCCUUCGGGAUCGAAUCAAGGGCUCCCAUAGUGUUCGGAGGGGGGCGAGAGUGCUGUUUAUCGUCAUUUGCUUCAGAGCUUCGGGAGAGGGUGGCAUUUUGCUUUUCUGCCCCGCAUCCUCCGGAACUCCCUACACCAGAAGAGAGCACGCCGUCUCCAGGUUGCUGGCAACGGGUGAGAAUGGGGGUAGGGAGUGGACAUUCCCCCUGUAGCUGCUCAGAAAAGCGAUUGCCCGACUGAAGGGGCGUAGGACGAGGGGGCGAGGGCGGCGAGUUUGCCCCGGCGCCUCUCGGAUGCUGCGGCGGCGGCCGCCGCUCCCGCCCGGGUACUGCAAAAGCGACCUGCCGCAUUCCAACUCCGGCUCUCCGCGGAUUCAGCACCUCCCCUGCGCCAAGCCGGCCGGCCAGCGUCCAUCGAUCGCCCUGGUGGGAGCUUAGAAGGCGGCAGGCGAAGAGGGGUAGGAGGGGGGAGAGCCGAGGAGAAACAGAGGGGUUGUCAGGCGAGGGGAUCUGCUGAGCUGGCUCUGCACCCGGUCCUAGGAGAGCUCGCGGAGGGGAGGGGAGGCCAGGGUGACCCCGAAGCGAUGGCCCAGCCCUCUAGAACAGCACUGCGUUAAGGCACCUCGGAGCAGGAAGAAACACCAGCCCUCCCCCCACCCCAACCCUGGGGAAAAAGCUGCAACCGGGGCCGCAGGCGAGGGGGAUUCCAAACAGAGCAAAAGGUAGGGUGGAGAGGAAGGGAACCAGAAGCGAAGUCGCAGAUAUCUCCACCGGCAGGCUUCGAAGCCCCUCCCCCUGAGCGUGGGGGAGACGCGAACUCCGGUGGGGGGGGCGCUUGAGUCCCCCCCACCCCUCCUCUCUCCGUCCUUCCCACCGCUGGCCCUCUCCUGGUCUCUCACCCCUGCACACGGCUUCCACCAUGACGGUGAUGUCUGGGGAGAACGUGGACGAGGCGUCCGCAGCCCCGGGCCACCCCCAGGAUUACCCCCGGCCCGCCGACCACGAGGACCACGAGUGCUGCGAACGCGUUGUGAUCAACAUCUCCGGGCUGCGCUUCGAGACGCAGCUCAAAACCCUGGCGCAGUUCCCCAACACGCUGCUGGGCAACCCUAAGAAACGCAUGCGCUACUUCGACCCCCUGAGGAACGAGUACUUCUUCGACCGCAACCGGCCCAGCUUCGACGCCAUCCUCUACUACUACCAGUCGGGGGGCCGGCUGCGGAGGCCCGUCAACGUGCCCUUGGACAUGUUCUCGGAGGAGAUCAAAUUUUACGAGCUGGGCGAGGAGGCCAUGGAGAAGUUCCGGGAGGACGAGGGCUUCAUCAAGGAGGAGGAGCGCCCCCUGCCCGAGAAGGAAUACCAGCGCCAGGUGUGGCUGCUCUUCGAGUACCCCGAGAGCUCGGGGCCUGCCCGAGUCAUAGCUAUCGUCUCCGUCAUGGUCAUCCUCAUCUCCAUCGUCAUCUUUUGCCUGGAGACUCUACCUGAGCUGAAGGAUGACAAGGACUUCACAGGCACCAUCCACCGCAUCGACAACACCACGGUCAUCUACACUUCCAACAUCUUCACGGACCCCUUCUUCAUCGUGGAAACCCUGUGCAUCAUCUGGUUCUCCUUCGAGCUGGUGGUGCGCUUCUUCGCCUGCCCCAGCAAGGCAGACUUCUUCAAAAACAUCAUGAACUUCAUCGACAUCGUGGCCAUCAUCCCCUAUUUCAUCACCCUGGGCACCGAGAUAGCUGAGCAGGAGGGGAACCAGAAGGGCGAACAGGCCACUUCGCUGGCCAUCCUCAGGGUCAUCCGGUUGGUAAGGGUUUUUAGAAUCUUCAAACUCUCCCGCCACUCCAAGGGCCUCCAGAUCCUGGGCCAGACCCUCAAAGCUAGUAUGAGAGAGCUAGGGCUGCUCAUCUUUUUCCUCUUCAUCGGGGUCAUCCUGUUUUCUAGUGCAGUGUACUUUGCCGAGGCGGAAGAAGCUGAGUCGCACUUCUCCAGUAUCCCCGAUGCUUUCUGGUGGGCGGUGGUGUCCAUGACCACUGUAGGAUACGGUGACAUGUACCCUGUGACAAUUGGAGGCAAGAUCGUGGGCUCCUUGUGUGCCAUCGCUGGUGUGCUGACAAUUGCCCUGCCCGUACCUGUCAUUGUGUCCAAUUUCAACUAUUUCUACCACCGAGAAACUGAGGGGGAAGAGCAGGCUCAGCUGCUCCACGUUAGCUCCCCUAAUUUAGCCUCUGACAGUGACCUCAGUCGGCGCAGUUCCUCUACUCUCAGCAAAUCUGAGUACAUGGAGAUCGAAGAGGAUAUGAAUAAUAGCAUAGCCCAUUAUAGGCAGGCCAAUAUCAGAACUGGCAACUGCACCACAGCUAACCAAAACUGCGUUAAUAAGAGCAAGCUACUGACCGAUGUUUAAAAGCCAAGCAAACAAAAAAAGCCCACUUAGCCCGCUUGAAAGACUUAAAAAACAAAACAAAACAAAAACCCUAGUGACCCAUGUCACUCUUUGUCGAUACUUUACUAAAUAGUUUUUGAAUGCUCUAUUUAACUGUCAAUGCAUUGUUGCAUUGUGGAUUUUGGGGGCGGCCAACCAGAAGCUUCCAAGAUCUGUGAAAAACAAACAAAACAAAAAACUAUUUUCAUUUUAUUAAAAAAUGGGAAAAGAACAUGUAUUUUCUAAAACUGGUUUAAAAAAUUCAGUUCAUGAGCUAGUCUAGGUAAAAUAAGAUUCAUAGGCUUCCCCACACUGAAACAUUUGUAAUCCUUGGGCUUCUUUAACUUUUUUCUUUUAACUAAAAACCAGGUGAUCACUUAGAAAUAUAAAAUUAAAAGUUGCAUGGGACUCCGAUAGAAAAAUCUUUGCCAACUGCAUAGCACAUUUAAGACAGUGCAUCUGAUGUAUUAUAUGUAACAUGAUAGACAAGCCAAAAUUGGCAAUGAACAAAUGUUUUCGUUUUGAUCAAUCAAACUGCAUAUUAUAAGACGAAAGAAAAAAACAAACAAAAUUACUUAAGACUGGUUCACAAAGCACCUUAUCAAUUUGAUACUAGUCCUGGUCUGUAGGGAUUUUCCUUCUGCCCCAUUCCCCUUCUAGCCAAACUAUCCCCUAAGAAAAAGAUACUGAAUUAAAUUAAUUGAUUCAUCUGCAGUGCUGCUAAGUUUCUCACCUGCAAAUGAACCCAACACAGGUCUUUUCUCACUGGUCCUGUACCCUGACCCUGGCCUUCAGAACUGGAUGUAAAACCUUAGCCUCCUUAUUGCAAGAGAGCACAAAUAGAGUUAAAUGUAAGCAUGUUUGAUUCUGAUAAUAUUUAUUUUAUAAUCGCAUGCUGAGAACGUUAACUCAGACAAUAGGGGAUAAGCUUACGUUUGAAUUGACUCUUCUAAAAAUAGAUCCUUUUUCAUUUGCAUUCACCAAAAGUGCACUCCUUCAUUUAACUAUUUUAUUCAUAAAUAAAGUACUGUAUUUAAGUGCAUAUGUUAGUCAGAUGGGAACAAUAACUUUUUGGAGCUCAAAGCAUGUUCUCUUAUUCAGUAUUAUGGACUAUUUGAUUAAAGUGUACCUUGAAUUAAUUAAUGCAUGAUUUCAGUAAAAAAAAUUUAAAAAAUAAUAAAAAUUACAAGUUUGUGGGAUGAAGGGCCCAAAGAUAUAGUGGGGGGGUGGGGGUGGGGGCACUCAGUCAAUUUUCCUGCCUUUGCUCAGGGAAAUAUCAGGUUUCUGUGCAGGUAUAGGCAGAGAAAGGACCAAUAUGCCCAUCUUUUAAAGGGAAGCUAUACAGAAAACUAAAGAAGUCAUCCAAGUAUAUAUAGCAACACCUAAGAACAAGUAUUCUUUCUAGCUGAAGAUAAACACAAGCAAAACAAACACAACAAACAAAAAAAGGUGCAAUACUGCAUGUUUUUGGUGCAUUCUUAAGAUGUAAAUGAAAAUGUUUAUCUAUUGUAUGCAUCCAAAGCAGAGCUGAUUUCUUUUUGCAGUCAUGACUUGAAGUCUGUGGAGACUUCGUCCCUCUCCUUGAGUCUCCCUGAAGAAACUUAACCAAUUGAUUUCAUAGUUGCUUAGUGCCUUUAUCCUGUACCCACAGCGAACUGCAGAAAAGUGCCUCCGUUAACACAGCUGAGAAGUUAUGUAACAAAGGGAGGAAGGGUUGGGGCACAGAUAUUUUGCUUUUACUUUUGCCAUCCUUGCUGUCUCACUUCACCACUGUGAGAAGACCACAUCAUCCUGAACCCUGGAGAGGAGCGAUACAGGAGGGUGCUGUUUCUCUGGCCAUCCUCUGGACUGAGUCCCUUUGGCAGCCUGAUGUGAGAUGUAAACUGGGACCUGAGACCCAGCUUCAAACUGGACAUGAACCAUGAACUUGUUUUAUUUUAUUUUUUUGGUCUCCACCAGAAGCCAAGAUAAACUUUUUGGGAAUUUAUUUCCUAUCAAGGGUCACUCUGGACAUUUAAGGCUUCCUCAGGUCCAGUGUAGUGUUUCUUGUGCAUUUCCUUAUUCCUUCUCUGUUAGCAACAGUACUUUGCAAAUCUCGAAUAGUCUGAUCUUUCUAGGCAUCGUCGUGGCUGUGGGAACAUUCAGUUCAGACUAACCUUUCCUAGGCCCUCCUUUCUGGCCCACUCCCUUCAGAUGUUUUCUAUGAUGCUCCUAUGAUCUUCUCACCUGGCAGUCACUUCACAGGCUGAGCAUCUAACUUCUACCACCCCCGGCAACCCGUGCAGAGAACAGCUGGGACCCUCCGCCUAGCUAAAAGAGGGCCACGUAACACAGGCCUCUGGGGUCCAGCAGCUGUCCACCAAUGGAGAGGAGCUCACCAUCUUUUUAAGGACACCAGUGGGGAUCUUCAUUCUGCACUUAGCAUGGGGCCGCCUGCCGCUGACCACCUUACAUUCUUGUCCUGCUUCUGGAAAUCUCCCCUGUUACCUCCAAUCCUUCCCCCACCUAAUCCUAGAACUAGCAGUGAGGCAGUAAACGAAGAAACUAGAAUAAUGCUCAGGCUGGCUGAGUCUGUGGAAGGAAAAAGCAUGGAUAUUUUAUUUUCCUGUGCUGCUCAUGUGACUCUGUAAGACUAAUGUAACAUCAUGGAAGAUGAGGGGCCAAGGACUGCACACCUCUGACCACAGGCCAUAAACCUUCCUCUGUGAUGUUUCCUUCUCUUUUCAACCUUGACUCAUCCUGGCUAUUCCUCUCCUAUCUGCUUAAAAUCCCCAGUUGGGAAAAAAAUGCCAACCUCCCCCAAAUUUCCGGGGAUAUCUUGAUCUUUUAUUUAGACUCUGAGGUCUAGGACACACAGAGCUUGAAACACUGCACUGUCAACAGCAAUAAUCCACUCAGUACUGUGGGAUGGAUGGGUCAGAGGAUGAGAAAAUGGGACCAAGCCUGAUUAGAUGGACUUUGGCUACCUGGUAUACCUCUCGUAGUUAGACACUGGACUGGUGAUUCUUCUGCAUGUGGAACAGGGGAAAGUGCUGCAUGCAGUGAACCUGUCAGCCUGGGAUUGGGAAUGAGUUGUUGGUGUGAAUUUGGGAGGUAUGGGGAAAAAAGAGUGCUGCUUAUCCAUCUGUAGCUCAUUGCAACCAAGUCAGUAAGAAUGGAGUCCAGGGACUAUCUGUGUAGCAUAGGCAUGCGGACUUUGACAAAGCUCCUCCCCCUGCACUGUACUGUGCUGAAAUGUUUUUGUAGACCUGAAGGUGCACUUAACAAAACUGCCUAUUAAGGAAUGACUCUCUUUUGGUUUAUUUCCUUAUAUUUAUUUCAUUGGGCUUUUUACCUUCUCACUCCCUUCCUAGGUCUUGAGCUUUAAUGGCUCAUGUCCUGACUACUUGUUUUCUCCAAAAGGAGAAGACUUCUGACUUGCUGAUAGCCAUAGCUCGGCUCUUCCAGUGUUUGGGGGCCCUAGUUCAAUAGGGUGGCCGUGGAAGGGCUGGGUCACAUCAGGGCUGUUAGCCAUCCCAGAAUCUCUGAAGUGAUUAACUCACCUCAAGUGAUCUGAAUUAGAGAGACCAAAGACAUUAAUUUCCUCUGUCCUCAGAUUUGUAGAAGACAGAUUGUAACCAGGAAAGGUUUUUGUUUUCGCUUCUCCUCUCCCCCAUCUGUGCACAGCCCUCCAUGCUCCCCCUUGAGAGUUGAGUUCUGAUCAUCAGUUAAAACAGUUCAUUGGGAGUGUGUUACUGAGUGAGUCUAGCAAAAUCAAAUGAACCACUAGCAGAUUCUUCUCCUGGAAUAUGGCCAAUCGACAGUCAAUCCUCUGAAAUCAAAAUGUGCAGGAGGUUUAGAUUCCGCUGCCGUGGGACCCAAGCACCAGUGCCAUCAGUCUUGACUCACUUGAGAGUUUUUUUAAAAUGCAUGCAAAUGGUAAGUGAGGAAUAGAUUUCUUUAGGUAGAAAUUUGGUUUAGUCCAUACAGGACCAUCUUCACGUUGUGUGUGGUUCGUUACAGUUUUUUCAAAUUAGUUAACAUUAGAAGAGUCAGUAAAAUAGUUUCCCAACCCUCCCAUUUAAUAUAGGAGACCUCAAAACACAUGCUUUAGAACAAUUUUAUGAUAGAAUUUUCCUUGUUUGGUAGAUUAGAUUGAACAGAAAAAAGAGAACAUCAGCAGAAGGCAAUUCCCCAUUUUUUUCCAGGAACUGCUUAUUCCUGGGAGUGGUGAGAAUUGGUGGUUGGUAACCAUCCAUAAUAUAAAAUUGUUAGAAAGAAUAUAAACUGCCAAACAGCCGUUUUACCUUCCCGCUUCUUCCAGAGAGGAUGAAAUCUUUCUAUGCUUAUGUUCACUUGAAGAAGGCAAACUAUAAUUUGUAAACCAGUCACAACCCAAGUGGAAUUGCUAUCUCAGGAGUGGUCCUCAUCCACCAUGGGGUGGAUUAGUCCUCGUAUUUAUAUUAUGGAAUUUCAGGGUACAUGCGAACAUGUCCAGCAUGACUCAGGUAACUCUUAGGAGAAUGUACAUUAUUUAUCAUUUUUGUAAAGAAGCAAACAAGAGCUGAGUUAUUAACCAAAACUGUUCCAUUACCUUGGGUCACUGUGCGAACUCAUUCAGGGUACACGUGCAAGGUUUAGAGAGCUUAGCAUCGCAUGCCAGUCUCUUUGCUCAGACAAAAUGACCAUGGGCUUCCUUGGGAAGUCCAGGGUGUAGGUAAGGGGUGAAGCCCUGCUGACCUCAGGACUAUUAGCUUUAAAAAGAUUAGCCCUGGUCACAGUGAUUUUCAUUUAGGAGCUAACUAGGAGUUUACUUUUUAUGACAUGAGACUUCAAAGAGUAUAGAAAAGUUUUGUGCCAUAACCAGAGAGGAAAAAGAAAUGGUGUAAGAAAAGAAAACGAAACAAAUCACAAAAUCCCUUGCAAACUAGUCCAGGUCAAAACCUGUCUCCUCUCCCAAACAUGCAGAAACAUCUUUCUUCUCUUCAGUGCACUGUUUGAUGCAGCAGCUCUAAGUAGUCAGCAUGGACUCUAGGUGACAUACCUCUAAUAGUAAAGUACUACCAAGGUCAAAAAUAAAAAUCGAGUAGUAUUAAUUAAAAGUGCACCAUCAGGACAACAAACCAUUUAAGCUAAAAAAGCACUCUUUUAUUUCUUGAGUUUGCCAGUUGCUUCCACCUUGAGUUGAGGAUGUGUCUCAUUUUCACCUACUGUACAUUUCCCCUGCCCUAACUGUUUAAUAUGUCAGGUAGAGGACGUUGAAUGUUAUGAAUUGAAAACCUAAUUGAAGCGCAUAGUUUUCAUCUAUGCAAUUUUACUUGCUUCUGUCACUUUAUGAUCUGUUCAUAUUUGGCAUCAAUUAAAGAUAAUUUUUAAGGAUCUUA